UAUUAAGCCGUUGGCAACCAUGUUUAUGAGUUGUCAAACAAAGUAAAGAAAAGAAGAAUAUACGAAUGGUGGUUGAUACCAGAAUAGCUGAAAAAUUAUCGGAAAAUAAUUAAAACGAGCUAAAUUUGUGAAAAUACGACUAUAUAAUUGUAUAUAUUUUGUUUUUUAAUUACUGUGGGAGCUAAAGAUGAGUGUUUUACCAUAUCAACCAACAAGCGAUGAAGAUAUAUUUCGCCUUUGUACAAAAGAAUGCGGCAUCAUCACAGCCACAGAGGAUCAGCAAUACUUUGCAUUAGGCUGUAUGUUUUGUCCAACCAAAUUUCUGUAUUUCGACGCAUUUAUUGGACAUAUGCAAACAGAUCAUGGACCACAAACAAUGGAUCAGAAGGGGCUGUUUGGUGAUAUGUUAGGGCUCGGUUAUAAUGGCUCCUUUGGUGAAAAUGAUAGUGGUCAUAGUGGCGUUGCUGCAGAAGAUCUUACCGACACCGAUCCUUCGCUUUUAGUACCACAAACAGUUAUGAUUAAAGAGGAAGUAGGAGAGGAAGCAGUAGAACCACCAAAACCUGAUAACUCCAUAAUUACAGGAUUAUCAACAGAAAAUGAAUUAGCAGACACUGUGAAUUCAAUGUACUUAGUUAAACAGGAACAUGCAGAGCCGGAGGUUGCAAUGGAGGGAGAUGGUGAGAGCUAUAUGCCUGAUAAUUACGGAAAUUAUGAAGAUUUCACUAACAACGGUGAUGAAGAUGACCACAAUUAUCAAGAAGAUGAUGAGAAUAAUUAUGAUGAUUUAGUUGAACAAUCGUUAUUGGGCGGAAAUCAUGAAGUGGAAUCUGGUUUAACUAUGCAUAUAAAAGACCGUAAAAUGAUUCAAUUUCUUAUUGACUCAUAUCGGCGAAACACAUUUCUUUGGGAUCAUCGUCAUCCACAAUUUCGUGAUCGUUCUAAAAGACAGCACUUUCUCGAUUGGAUUGUAAUGGAAUUUAAACGGCGGUUCAAUUUAUCGCUGGCAAAAGAUGCAGUUACUCGCAAGUGGGACAAUUUAAGAACUGUGUACAAGAGGGAAUGCAAUCGAAUGUCUUUAGAAAAUACCAACAUCAGUACACUCUGGUAUUUCAAGGAUUUACAUUUUCUUAAUCGAUUUUAUGGUGGCAAUCAAAAGAUGACUGAGGCUGUCGUGAAGGAAACAGUAUACCGACGUCGCUCCUCCGCACUUUGGAAUGAUGUCUCAACUAUGAAACUUUUAUCAAUGGUCGAGCAAUAUCCAUGUUUUUAUAAUAAGUACAACAUAGACUACCGUAGCAAAGAAAAACGCGGAGAAGCAUUACAGCAAAUGGCGGCGGAACUGCAAAAGAUGAUUGAGGUCAGCACUAUACAAAUAUCAAAGCGUAUUUCCCAAUUGCGUUUUGAUUACUCCAAACAAAAGCAGGAACGUUUGCUAUGCGAGCAAAACAAUAAAGUGUUUAUGCCAACUUACAGUUACUACGACCAAAUGCAGUUUAUGGAUGCGGAUAUUGCACCAUUUAAAUGUGAAUUUUGUCCCGUUAUUGUGCAAUCACCACGAGAACUAGAUGUACAUCUCAAUACACAUCAGCCAGAGGGUACUUACACUUGUAAUAUCUGUCCUGUUAGUUUUUUAGACGUUGAUCAGCUGAAUCAACACAAACAAAUACACACACCCACAAGUAAGGAGGUAAAAUACUGGUGCGAUUUAUGUACGGCCAGUUUUCGUACUAAAGAAGUGUACGAUGAACAUAUGCGUCGUCACAACGAUGAACUCUUACUACCUUCAUUGGCCAAUAUCCCGCAUACAGGCAGUGAGAUGGGUAUGGCGGAAAAUGAAAAUUCACUGUUGCACAUGGACAAUUCAGAGUACGAUGAUGGCUAUUCGUGUGACAUAUGUGGUAAAUCUUUUACCAAUAUGGUGUAUCUCAAUGCGCAUCGCGCACAGCAUACCAGUCCCAGUGAUCGUCCAUUCCGUUGUGAUUAUUCUCAUUGCGGUCGUUUGUUUCCCACGCGACAAUCCAUGUUAGAACAUGCUAGGCAACACUAUAACGAUGAAGAAUUUAAAUGCGACAUUUGUGGUAAAACCUUCAAAUCACUUAAAAAUCUGCAGAAUCACAAGCAAAUACACGACGCUAUCAAACGAUAUGUGUGUAAGAUUUGUGGCUCGGCGUUUGCGCAAGCAGCCGGUUUAUAUUUGCACAAACGCCGACAUAAUCGGCCAAACUCACGCAUACGUCAAGGUUACUGAUCCACUUAUAUAAACCUAUAAAAGGUAUUGCAGGCAGCAGUUAAAUAUAGCUUAGUAGGUUAAGCAUAUAGAAAAACGACUACAAUAAUCUUAACACUAAUUUUACUAUGCGCGAUAUACUUAUAAUAAUAAUUGCAUAAAAUAAACAAUUUUAGAUUUUCAAGUAAUUACACUUGUGUUAAUGCAAUACAAAGGUCUAAAUGAAGUAGAAGUCAUUACGUUUUUAAGACUAUUUUUUUAUUUUAACUAAUUUUAUUUUUAUUUGUUACACAGUUACAAUAAAAGAGAUUUUUUAUAACUAGUACUGCAUAUUAUUCAUAUAUAAAAUUAUUUAUGCGUACGCUGAAACAAUUCACAAGUAUUAAUACACAAAUUUACAUUAAUUUAUUUUAAUGGGCACACAUAAAGGUGCAAGUAAAUUAUUAUCCAUUAGUUACUCUAGAUUGGUUUAUAACAUAAGAAUGUACUUAGAAAUUGUAUAAUGUAAAAUAUAACCUUAAGAAGAAUUAAACGUAAAAUUUUCCAUAUUAAAAAUAAUCAUAUAUCAAUUAAAUUUACGCUUUUAAUUUUGCUUGGUGUUGGUAUAGAUAACAUAUUUACGUUUAGUUUAAUAAUAUACUAACCAACAUCUACAUAUGUUUUAUAUUUUGGACGGAUUUAAGCUCAAAAUUUAUAAUAUUUAGUUUAACAAAAUUACAAAUUCCAAUUUCUUGUUUAAUUAAAGUCACCAUAAUUUUUAAGUAAUUUAUAUUAUUUUAUGGAUUCAUAUAAAGGCUUGUUAUACAUGUACUCAUAUCUCUAAAUUGA